AUGCCUCAGAGAAGGUCAGUAUUGGGCACUCGGCUUCCAGAGAAAGAGAGAGAGAGAGAGAGAGAGAGAGAGAGAGAGAGAGAGAGAGAGAGAGAGAGAGAGGAGAGAGAGAGAGAGAGAGAGAGAGAGAGAGAGAGAGAGAGAGAGAGAGAGAGAGAGAGAGAGAGAGAGAGAGAGAGAGAGAGAGAGAGAGAGAGAGAGAGAGAGAGAGAGAGAGAGAGAGAGAGAGAGAGAGAGAGAGAGAGAGAGAGAGAGAGAGAGAGAGAGAGAGAGAGAGAGAGAGAGAGAGAGAGAGAGAGAGAGAGAGAGAGAGAGAGAGAGAGAGAGAGAGAGAGAGAGAGAGAGAGAGAGAGAGAGAGAGAGAGAGAGAGAGAGAGAGAGAGAGAGAGAGAGAGAGAGAGAGAGAGAGAGAGAGAGAGAGAGAGAGAGAGAGAGAGAGAGAGAGAGAGAGAGAGAGAGAGAGAGAGAGAGAGAGAGAGAGAGAGAGAGAGAGAGAGAGAGAGAGAGAGAGAGAGAGAGAGAGAGAGAGAGAGAGAGAGAGAGAGAGAGAGAGAGAGAGAGAGAGAGAGAGAGAGAGGGCUUAGAGCGAUCUGGACAGUCGUCGGCGCAACCUUGCCCGACUCCACCCGCUGCAGAGAGCCCACCCGCCCGCUCGCCCCCUCUGCGCCUGCGCUCAAGCUCCCGCGCACGGCGCAAUGUCCGCGGGUCCUCCGCGGGCUGCCGCGUUCCCCCAAAUACGCCCUUCCCCAGGGCGAGCUCGCCCAUUUCGACUCCGCCGAGCGCGGCUGGUACCCGUCGAAGCUCAGGCACCGCGGCACGCCCGUCGGCCCUUGCUGA